CACAACCACACUCCCUUUACACCUUUCACCAGUUAGCCAAACCCCGCACCAUAGCAGACUCUAUCCAAGGCGAUAGUUUGCAAAAGGCAGAUCUUGCCCUAGAGGUACUACUCAACAACCCAAAGCGGCUUCAGCGUAAGCGAGAGCAAUUCAGCGACUCUCCGCCGUCGUACCGAUCUCAGUUUUCGGGCCCCAUGACGCGAUCCAAAGCCCCAACGGUCCCAACGAGGCGCAACAACGGCGAUAUGAGCGGAAAUUUCGGCUAAGAAUGGAGCACAGCGCCUCGCUUCCUUACUACCAGUUCAUAGCUCAGUAUUACAAAGAGCUAGAACGGCUAUUCGAAGCGGAUCGAAACCGGAUUUACAAAUACCCACCUAGCUUGGACAGCAUUUACAAACACGCACAUUUCAACAUCAAGAUGCGCUGGAUUGAACAGGGCAUUUAGAAAGAUGAGUGGAAUAAACAGUCUAGGCCUAGUAGGCAAUGGAAGCACGAGGAACCGCUAAAGCCCGAAUCCAAUAUGGAUUGGGAAAGCAUGCUUCCUACAGGACUCUUUGGAGCCGAGGUACAGCGGAAACAACCAGCCAAGAGUGGUGCGGAGGUUCUAGGAGAGCGACGGGAUCGCGAGGCGUCACGCCCCUAUUAUUAUUCCUACCCCGCUAUGCCUAUCUAACAGGCUCCUCGGACCCGCUCCAGCUAUGUACAAAGGAAAAACCGUACCGUAUAGGCCGGGUAAAAACCUCUGUC